AUGUCAGAAAUAUUUCAUAAUCGUUUUAACCUUUGCGGUGUCUGUGAAAUUGAACGAGCAUACUUAGCAAGGGAAAGUAAUCCUUUAAAUUUAAAUUUACUAAAUGUGCCACAAAACAACCAAGAAGCAAGAAAUGACUUUUCACGAUUAGAAAAUAAAAUCGACCGCUUGCAAGAACAAGUAACUCAAUUAAUUGAGUUACAAAAAGAGGAUCAAAAGAGAAUCAAGAGUUUGGAAAACGAACUAGAGAUUGAAAGAAAACAUUCUAAAGAUGUAGAUAGUUGGUAUAGAAAAAUAUUAGAUAAUAUGAUAAGUAAUGAAAAGGAAAGAAAUAACUAG